AUGUCAACAGCGACUUUAAUUAAUUUGGUACGGAAUGGAGGGUACCAAGUGAGGAGGAGAGCUGUGCUGACGUCUCGGCUCCUGCAAGAGGAGAAACGAGCCACAGCUGCCUGGUACAGCUCCAGCUCGGAGCCCCGUGCGUCGCGCUUCGACCCCGAUGGCAGCGGCCGACCUGCCACCUGGGACAGCUUUGGCAUCUGGGACAAUCGCAUUGAUGAGCCCAUCCUCCUCCCACCCAGCAUAAAGUAUGGCAAGCCAAUUCCCAAAAUCAGCCUGGCCAGGGUGGGCUGUGCCAGCCACAUCGGGAAGCGGAAGGAGAACGAGGACCGGUUUGACUACGCGCAGCUGACGGAGGAUGUGCUCUACUUCGCGGUGUACGAUGGGCACGGUGGGGCAGCAGCGGCAGAGUUCUGUGAUAAGUACAUGGAAAAGUAUAUUAAGGAAUUUCUUGCGGAGGAGGAGAACCUGGAAAAUGUUUUGAACAAAGCUUUUCUAGAAAUAGACAAAGCCUAUGAAAGGCAUGCUAAUCUCUCUGCAGAUGCAACUCUGCUGAACUCUGGGACCACUGCAACAGUGGCUCUGCUCCGGGAUGGCAUUGAGCUGGUGGUGGCAAGUGUGGGAGACAGUCGUGCUCUGCUCUGUCGAAAAGGAAAGGCCAUGAAACUCACCAUUGACCAUACUCCAGAAAGAAAGGAGGAGAAGGAGAGGAUUAAGAAGUGUGGUGGCUUCGUUUCCUGGAACAGUUUGGGACAACCUCAUGUGAAUGGUAGACUUGCAAUGACACGGAGCAUAGGAGAUUUGGAUCUUAAAAACAGUGGUGUGAUAGCUCAGCCAGAAACAAAAAGGAUUCAGCUGCAUCACGCACACGACAGCUUCCUGGUCCUUACCACAGAUGGGAUUAACUUCAUCGUGAACAGUCAGGAGAUCUGUGACUUCAUCAACCAGUGCCAUGACCCUGCUGAAGCUGCCCACUUUGUUACUGAGCAGGCAGUGCAGUUUGGCACUGAAGACAACAGCACAGUUGUCAUAGUGCCAUUUGGAGCAUGGGGCAAAUACAAGAACGGUGAGAUCAACACCUCCUUCAGCCGCAGUUUCGCUUCCAGCGGGAGGUGGGCGUGAAGACCUGGCACAGCAACCUUUCCCUGCCAUCAUCUGGACACAGCCUGCUACAGGAGAACACAUCCAUCAGUGUCUUGUCCAUCUGUCUGUUCCCAGUGUUAGAGAAGGUGCCACCACUCCCUUGGUAACGCCCCGUUGUCGCUUACGGCUGACCUUCCUCUG